AUGCCUGGAGUUCCACUGAUGCCGGAUGAAGUCCCAGCCGAUGCUCAAUGCAUUUUAUGCAAGCGACCGAAUACGGCGGAUGCGAAGAUGGUCCAGUGCGAUGGAUGCAGCCGAUGGUACCACUUUUCGUGCGCUGGUGUAGGUGAUAGCAUCGAGGCUGAUGACCAAAGCUACCAAUGUGUGUUAUGCCGGCCAAGGGGUUCCCGUGCACCGUCGUUGGUAGGAUCAACACCAUCGACGACUGCAAGUGCAAGAGAGGCAAAACUUCAAUUGGAAAUGCAGCAAUUGGCCGAGGAAAAAGAACUUCAAGCCAAGCUGAUGGCAGAAAAGGCGAAACACGACCAGGAGAUGCAGGAAAAGGCUUUGCAAUUGGAAAAGGACAGGAGAGAAAAGAUGAUGGAGGAUCUGAUGAAACUGGAGAAGGAGUUCCUGGAACGGAAAUUCAAGUUGCUUCACGCGCGAUUGGAUGAGGAUGCUAAGGCAAAUUCAAGAGCGAGUAUGUGUAGCGGUGACAGUGCAGCCGAUAGCGUCGAUAAAGUUCGAUGCUGGAUCGACAACCACCAAGUGAUCCUGAGUGCCAAAUCUGGAAAAGUUAUUUCCACUGGGCUCACAUCGCAAGCGGGUGGCCACAUCCUACCAACAGAAUCGAUGCCGGUAGCAAGCACAGCGCAAAACAGCUCGAAUGUAGUUCCAGUUUCAGCAGUUACCAGCCAAGAAGUGGGAUCGAAACCGGUUAGCACACAAGGUGUGUUUUCGAAAAACUUUGAUGACGUCAUCUCACCUAUUGCGACCGUACACCAGGGAGGUUUCACUAGUGUCGCAGAACCAGCCCUAUCACUUCCAACAUUGCUUCAAUCAACGCCCCGGGCAGCACCUGUGUCGCUGACGAGUAUUCCAACUGUGCAGCCGACAUUAACGUGGCAGGCGAAUACCAAUCUGAUUCCGCCUGCAGUCAACCAGCUGGUUCCGGAUUUAGAUCCUCAGAUUCCUGUACCGGUAUCAUAUGGCGGACACAAUCAACCACGAGAGGACAGACCUUAUUGGAUGGAUCCUCGAGUUGGUCAGUACAAUCCGUAUGUAGUACCUACUUCGAACAUGUUGCAGUAUGGGGUGUUUCAGCCAUCGUACGGCCCGAAUGCGCAGCAGUUGGCAGCACGCCACGUUGUUCCCAAAGACCUUCCGUGUUUUACUGGGGAUCCAACAGAGUGGCCGAUGUUCUGGAGCAGCUAUGAUACGUCUACGCAGAUGUGUGGGUACAACGAUUCGGAGAACCUGAUGCGACUACAACGAAGCUUGAAAGGGGACGCGAAGAAAGCAGUGAGCAGUUUUCUUCUUCAUCCGUCAAACGUUCCGGAGAUAAUCAACACGUUGCGAGUUCUCUAUGGACGACCGGAAGCAAUCAUCAACUCUCUUCUGGCUGAGGUGCGAGCAACACCGACACCGCGACCAGAAAAACUGGGGACUAUAAUCAGUUUCGGCCUGGCUGUUCGCAAUUUCUGUACGCAUCUAGUUUCGACUGGACAACAGGUACAUUUGACUAACCCGAUCUUGAUCGAUGAGCUAGUCGAAAAGCUUCCAGCCAACAUUAAGCUGGAUUGGGCGAUGCAUAAGCAACGAGUGCAGAACGUGGACUUGAGGACAUUUUCGGAUUACAUGAACGUGAUCGUAACGGCAGCUAGUAGUGUUACACCAGUCACUGCCAAAUCCGAAAAGUCGAAAGGGAAAGCCGAGAUACACACGGUGAACGUCCGGAACGACAAGGCAACCAACAAGAAACCAGAAGCUUCCAUCCAAACGGGAAGCGAACGUCCUUGUGUGGUUUGUCAAACAGCCGGCCAUAAACCAAAAGACUGCAGUAGCUUCAAGUCGAAGACGUUGGAAGACAAAUGGAAGGUGGCCCAAGAAGUUCAUCUGUGUAGACGCUGCUUGUAUCCGCAUGGUAAAUGGCCGUGCAAAGCAUCAAACUGCGGGGUCAACGGUUGCCAACAACGCCAUCACCGAUUGCUCCAUCCGGGCGAUCCACGAGAAGGCAAAGCAGAGGGCUCGACUCCGGUGUCUGGCGUAAUCUCCGUUCAUCAGCAACAUCACCAAAUUCUCUUCCGUAUUGUCCCUGUAGUUCUUCACGCUAAUGGUCGAUCGGUUCAAACCUUCGCUUUCCUGGAUGGUGGUUCCGAUUCUACUUUAAUGGAGCGGUCUUUGGCAGAGCAGUUGGGUGUACAAGGUCCGACUUCUCCUCUGUGUAUGCAGUGGACUAACGGGGUCAAGCGUGUGGAAGAAGAAUCCCAGCAAAUUCAGCUGAAUAUUUCUGGAGUUACCACUGGCAAGCAGUUCACCCUACAAAAGGUGCAAACCAUCGAUGGGCUAGAACUACCGCGACAGUCUAUACAUUUUGAAGAGCUGAGGAACAAAUAUCCGUACAUGAGAGGUUUACCUGUUCGAAGCUACAACGACGCUGUUCCAGGUAUCCUGAUAGGUUUGGACAACACAAGGUUGAAGACAACGCUUAAGUUGCGAGAGGGCCGUGAACACGAGCCAGUAGUCGCCAAAACUAGGCUAGGCUGGGUUUUAUAUGGUCACUCUGGAAAUGAAGUCAGAAGUUUAUCACAGCGAGUUCUUCAUAUUCGUACCAAGUCCCAAGACAACGAAUUACACGAGCUAGUGAAGAGUUUCUUCUCUAUGGAGAGCGUUGGGGUUUCGGUGACACAGGCGAAGGAAUCAGCAGACGACAAGCGAGCUAAAGAGAUUCUACAAGCAACCACAACCAGGACUGAAACCGGCAGAUUCGAAACCGGACUUCUGUGGAAGUUCGACAACGUUGAGUUUCCCAACAGUAGAUCCAUGGCCGAGCAGAGACUGAAGUGUUUAGAACGUCGUCUUCAUAAAUCACCAACCUUGUACGACAACGUUAGGCAGCAAAUCGCAGACUACGUAUCUAAGGGCUAUGCACACAAGGCAACUCCACGUGAACUGGAUGAGAUGGAUCCGAAGCGGACGUGGUUUUUACCUCUGGGUGUCGUAGUGAAUCCCAAAAAGCCCGAUAAAGUCAGGGUCGUCUGGGAUGCCGCUGCAUCGGUGGAAGGCGUUUCCUUGAACUCCGUUCUUCUAAAAGGACCUGACCUGCUGACAGCAUUGCAAGCAGUCUUAUGUCGUUAUCGACAGAAGGAGACCGCCAUCAGCGGAGACAUAAUGGAAAUGUUCCAUCAAGUACUCAUCAUACUCCAAGAUCGUACAGCUCAGUGGUUCCUGUGGCGGGACAAUCCAUCCGAUCCGUUUCAAGUAUACGUCAUGGACGUCGCAAUUUUCGGAUCAACGUGUUCUCCUAGUUCAACGCAAUUUGUAAAGAACCUGAAUGCGGAUGAGUAUGCUGCGGAAUUCCCGGAGGCGUCCGAGGCGAUAAAGAAAAAUCACUAUGUAGACGAUUACCUUGACAGCGUUGAUUCUGUCGAAGAAGCAGUUCAGCUGGCAUUGGACGUUAAGGAAGUGCACGAAAAAGCAGGAUUCCUUAUUCGGCAUUGGAUGUCGAACUCUCCAGAGGUGCUGCAGCGGAUUGGGGAGAAGAACACGAAGUCGGUGAGGAGUUUCACCAUGGACAAGGGUAGCAACCUGGAACGGGUAUUGGGGAUGGUGUGGCGACCACAAGAGGAUGUCUUCGUAUUCUCGAUGACUUUCCGGGAGGAUCUGCAACGUCUAAUGGAUGGAUCCGUUGUGCCGACCAAACGCCAAGUCCUGAGCUUAGUCAUGAGUGUGUUCGAUCCAUUAGGGAUGAUCGCUCCCUUCGUAGUUCAUGGAAAGACGAUAGUUCAGGAAGCGUGGCGAUCCGGAAUUGGCUGGGAUGAGCCGCUACCUGCAGAUAUCGUACCCCGGUGGGAAAAGUAUGUAAAAUUACUUGGAACACUGGAUAUGGUUAAGAUACCCAGAUGCUACUUUCCCGGCUACAGCGCUGGAGCCUACGAUUCGCUCGAAUUGCACGUUUUCGUUGAUGCUAGCAGUACUGCAUACGCCGCCGCAGCCUACUUCCGGAUAGUAGAUGGCGGUAAAAUACGCUGCAGUCUCGUGUCUGCAAAAACCAAGGUGGCGCCGAUUAAGUUACUUUCAGUGCCACGGUUGGAGCUACAAGCAGCCGUAAUUGGAACACGACUUAUGAAGUCCAUCAUAGCAAAUCACACGUUGCAGAUCAAGCGCAAAGUAUUGUGGAGCGAUUCUUCCACGGUCUUGAACUGGCUUCGGUCAGACCCGCGAAAGUACAAGCAGUAUGUAGCGUUCCGGGUAACAGAAAUUCUGGAUGAAACGGAGGUCAGCGAUUGGAAGAAGGUGCCCACGAGAAUGAACGUAGCCGAUGAAGCCACCAAGUGGGGUCAUGGACCAUGUUUCGAAGAACAGAGCAGGUGGUUCAAGGCCCCAGAGUUCCUGUAUAAGCCGGAGUGUAGCUGGCCAGAGGAAGCGGUAGAGUCGACAACAGCCGAAGAAUUAAGGAUGGUCCAUGUGCACCAGCUGCCACCGACGCAGCCAGUCAUCGAGUUCAAACGGUUUUCAAAGUGGGAAAGGUUAACCCGCACAGUAGCAUUCGUUCUACGGUUUUGCUGCAGGCAGAAGGGCAAGGACGAAUCAAAGAAGGACGGAGAAGUAACCUUGAGCAGUGAGGAGUGUAAACUAGCGGAGUCGACCGUGUUUAAGCUGAUCCAAGCGAGUGAAUACCCGGACGAAUGUAAAAUUCUGCGGAAAAAUCACCAAGUGCAGCUAGAGCAACGUAAGCGAAUCCAGAAGAGCAGUCGGAUAUUCAAACUAUCUCCGUUUCUAGACCCAACCGGAGUCAUGCGAAUGGGAUCACGCAUCGCUGCCGCGGAGUGCGUUUCAGAUGAAGCCAAGUUUCCCGUGAUCUUGCCGAAGGAUCACUACGUCACGCAGCUAGUGAUUAACUGGUAUCAUAAGAAGUAUAGACACGCGAACAACGAAACGGUGGUGAACGAAAUGCGGCAGAAGUUCCACGUCUCAGAACUGCGAACAGCCGUCAAGAAGGUGGCAAGUUGCUGUAACUGGUGUAGAGUCUACAAAUCGAAACCACAAGUCCCACCGAUGGCUCCACUGCCUCCGGCACGCCUUACGCCGUAUGUCAGGGCUUUCACCUUUACGGGACUGGACUAUUUCGGUCCGAUCACUGUUCGCUUUGGCCGUGGUGGUGUUAAAAGGUGGGUUGCGCUCUUCACCUGCCUAGGAACCCGAGCAGUCCACUUAGAAGUCGCCUACACUCUGUCCUCCGAAUCCUGCAAGAUGGCAAUACGUAGGUUCAUUGCCCGCCGAGGUGCGCCACAGGAAAUCUACUCAGAUCAAGGCACCAAUUUCCAAGGUGCUAGUACGGAGCUAAGGCAGCAAAUCGGUGCCAUCAAUCGGGAUCUAGCGGGGACGUUCACAAACGUAGACACGCAGUGGAAGCUCAAUCCUCCUUACGCACCCCAUAUGGGAGGCAUAUGGGAAAGGCUGGUGCGCUCAGUCAAGACUGGACUGGCAUACAUGGAGUUGUCAAAGAAUCCGAAUGAGGAGACCUUGGUAACUGCUCUAGCAGAGGUGGAAUCCAUGGUGAACUCGCGACCCUUAACCUAUCUACCAAUCGACAGCGAGGAAUGCGCAGCCUUGACACCGAACCACUUUCUACUGUUGAGUUCAAGCGGAGUGGUUCAACCGGCGGUUCAGCCAAUCGAGGAGAAUAUGGCAUUGCGGUCGAACUGGAAGCAGGUUCAGGUAAUGCUGGAUCGAUUUUGGGUGCGGUGGAUCAGGGAAUACCUGCCUGUCAUCUCCCGACAACCAAAGUGGUUUGGAGAGGUCACUUCAAUCAACAUUGGAGAUUUGGUUGUCGUUGUGAACGAGAGUGUAAGGAACAGCUGGAUCAGAGGAAGAGUCACUCGGGUGUAUCCUGGGCGAGAUGGACGAGUCCGCAGCGCGGAUGUUCAGACCUCAGCGGGUAUCAUGCGCCGACCGGCAACGAAGCUCGCUAUCCUGGAUGUAGCCAGAGAAGGAAGUAUAGCUUAA